CUCAACUUCAGCUGAGCACCUCAGGCAAUGUCGUCUUCACUCGGACAUCCGUCGUCGUGAUCACCCCUACGUCAAGCACGACGACCAGUGAAGAUCGGGCUUCCACGGGCUUUUUUCACAACAAAGGCGCCGUCGCCGGAGUCUUCACCGUCGUCGGCCUCAUCGCCCUCAUAAUAUUCUUCAUCUUGGGGACCACCUUCAUCCGAAAGCGCCGCGCCCGCAAAUUCGACAAGGAGAUCGACGAGGCUGCUGCAGAGGCCGCCGCCGCAUCUCGAGGACCCGAUUUCGACGACUACGACUACAAUCCCGCGCACGCCGCCAGCGGCGGGUACACCGGGUACUCGGACGGCAGCCAUGGCACGUUCGCGCAGCCGCCCAUGUCCAUCGGCCACGCGAGCGACUACCGCAUGCCUGACGUGCCCCCGAACUUCGAUCCCGCGUUCGGCGUCGGCGCGAGCGGCGCGGCGGGCGCGGCGGGUAUCGGGGCGGGCGUGGGCACGGCCGCGAUGCAGCGCGCGAGGAGCAGGCGGGACGGCCAACCGCAGGUGCCGUACAACGCGUUCGGGGCCGCGCCGCAGGAGCAGUACGAGAUGCAGGACUCGCGGCUGCGCUACCGCGGGAACACGACCGGGCCGGACUACGAUCUGCUGGACGCGGCGGCGCUCACGGGCACCGCUGGGGACCCGUACGCGGUCGCGAGAGGCCCGUCGACGCGGACGGGCACGACGCAGUACUCGAAUUCGGGCUCGGGCUCGGGCUCGGGCGGCGCGCUGUCGCGGAACCAGUCGCAGAACGCGCGGGAGAUGCUGUCGCCCAGCGUCGAGGAGGACUACCCGCUGACGACCGCGUUCGCGGGGACGUCGGAUGGGCACGGGGCACCUGCGUAUUACUCCCCGCAGGUGCAGCCGGACUCGUACGCGACGUACAACGGCGCUGAGGGCGCGGUGCGGCACAUGCCCGAGCCGCAACACGACGUAGACCCGUAUGGAGGGUAUAUCGACGCGUCGCCAUCGCCGGGGAUGCCCAUACCGAACCCGCACUCGCCGUUCGUGGAGAUGUCGCCCGCGCACCAGCAGACGACCUCCCCGGACGACACGGACGACGAGGAUGAUCAUAUGCCUUCGGCCCAUGACGCACACUCAGCUGGUCAACACGUGCUUGGGGAUAGCCGGGCGAGCCUCGGUGAUCAGGAGGAUUAUGGCUACGAGAGCGAGAGGAGGGUGCUCAGGGUCGCGAACGAGUGAUGUGCGCAGCCGUGCGCGGUCGUGCCUAUACCCAGUGCGACGCGAUGGAGGAGUAAGUAUUUUAUCAUCUAAGCUCUAAAUGUCGAUAUUCGGACGCCCCGACCCUUGCCUUUCCUUCCGUCCACCAUCUAUGCCUUUUUUAUUGAGGUUCGCCGCUCCACGAGGCGGCGAGCCUCGCCAGUGUUCUUCUCCUCGAGUACCGUUCCGAGCCCCCGCUGUGCGGCCGUUGGCGUUCGGCGUCGGCCUGCGUCGACCCUCGCGCGGGACUUUUUUUUUGCUUUUAGUGCUUCUUCCGUUCUUUUUCGGUGCCGCGUUAAUAUCUAUCGUCCCUGUCGCGUUCGCGUUCGCGCCCGAUCAUCGACCUCCGUCUGGGCGUGUGCGUUUGAGUGCGUCGGCGCGUUCUGUGUGUGUGUGUUUAUGGCCAUCUCGUGUACUUUACUGCUUGUUCCAGUCACGGUAUCGUCUAUGAUCUGCACCAACACCCGCUUUAUUGUC